CAUUAUUAUUCAACUAUAAACUCGAAAGUUUUCCUCAUAUAUUUACAUGAGGUCUUAACUACUGACCCCUUUUCGUAAUCCGAGGCAUGUGAGAGUGUGGCUCAGUCUCCCAUUAAAACAUCAUUAAACAUGAGCCCACAAUCUUCGACGACGUCAUCGGUUUGCAAACUAAUUACUACGUGAAUUCGCAAGUCCCUAGCGCGCAACGAGAAACACGCGACUAGUAGUGCAUCGAGCAGACCGUGGUGUCAUUAUCAAUUCAUUUAUUGCUCUCGGGAGACGCGCACGUGGUCUUGGUCGCAUCGGAUUGUUUACCGCUUCUUUUACCUAUCUUAUUGUGAGAUAGAUAUGUACAUGUCCCACGGAGCGUCUUUUUUUUAGUUCCCUCUCCUUUUUUUCUUCUUCUUUUCUUCUCUCUCUCUCUCUGAGGGUGAUGGAUGAGAUAGAUAAGUAGUUCGUAUAGUCGAGUUACGCUUGUUAUCCGGCAUAAUGAUUCUAGGUCCUGUCUCGUACGUGGAUUGCAUCGUUUUCUGCGCAUUCCUGACACCGCAGCUAAUCAUGCACGCCGGGUUGCUCGAGACUGUGUUAGUGGGUUUACAAUGCUUGCCGUUUCUAUUAUUCAGACUGCCUUUCGAGUUUAUCCACGAACGCUACUUUGUCAGACAUGAGCAGAAAACUCCAUUCGUGCGGAAAGCACCCCCCUUUGAAGACUUCGUUAUCCGGUGUGUUCGCUAUGCGUUUGCAAACAUACCUCCCAAGGUUGGGAGGGUAUUCUUUUCCAAGCAGGUUGCCCUGCCAUUCCUAAAGUUUAGAAUGCUGCGGCAUGGCUAUUUAAGAUCUCCCAUCUAUUGGCACGAGCAUAAAGAUAAGCGUUUUAAGGGAAUAUGGAUCAUCGAAGAUCCAACAACUAAACCUGACGUUUGUAUAUUCUACGCGCAUGGGGGUGGAUUCUCGAUGGGCUCAGCAUACUUUUACCUCGAGUUUCUGCUCACAUGGUUAAGCUUGCUGAAUGACAGCGGGUAUAGAAACCCAGCUAUUUUCGCCCUGGAUUAUUCGCUAGUUCCCGACGCCCAAUUUCCAACACAGCUGGAGGAAGCUAUUGCCGGCUACGAGCAUGUGCUUUCAACCGUGCGGGAUGCCAACAGGAUUUGUGUCAGUGGAGACUCAGCUGGUGCUACUAUUGUGCUCAGCUUGCUGCUCCAUCUUGCCAACAUCAGCCGCCACCUUGAAAAGAUGAACAGAACUAUUGGUGCCUCGCAACUGGCAAAACCCAGAAUGGCAGUGCUUAUCUCGCCUUGGGUGACGCUGGUCUCUAGCAAGCAUCAAAAUACCGCGAGUGACUACCUUAACACCGAAAACUUGCAUCGAUAUGCGCAGCAGUAUGCUGGGGAGAACGUCUCGGCCAAUGAUCCGCUUUUAUCUCCAGGGAAUUGCAGAGACGUCUCGUGGUGGAAGCAUGCAACACCCUCAAAAGGUAUAUUUGUGGCUUAUGGUGCCGAAGAGGUUUUUGCGUCCGACAUCUCAUCUCUCGUCAAGUUUCUUGGAAACAACAACAUCAAAAUUCAUAGUAGAGAAGAAAAAGGAGGAAUUCAUGCUUGGCCAGUAGCCAGCUUAUUUCUGAGUAGUUCGCCAGCAGCGACGCAGCCAACUUGGCAUAAGAUUCAUGCCCACAACGUUCCAGGUGGUUAUUCCUUUCAGCCUGGAAUUGGGGCUGGUCCAGGAGCUGGUUCAGGAGCUCCUUUAAGAUAUAAUCAGCCACAGCCCCACCAAUUCAGCACUUAUCAAUCGUCUGUACCGCCUACCAGUGCUCCUGCAUACGGUGGUUUUAGUGGCAGUAGGGAUAACAACAACAACACCGCUUUCAGCACCUAUCCGCCCCAAGGCAGCGCCGGACAACAAGGACAAUACCUUUCUCCCCGACAACAAACACAACAAUUCGCACAAACAAACCAACCAUCUUAUAUUCUACAACCGCCGAACCAUCAUCAUCAUCCUACGUCCUACUACCCGUCCUACUCCGAAUCCGCACCACCGGUUGCCUACCAUCAACUACAAGCGCAGUUGCAAACGCAGCCUUCCCAACCCCAGACCUCGCAGACCUCACAGACCUCACAACCACCCGUCGCCCCUAUUCAAUUCAACCCGUCAGUUCCGCAGAACAAUAUGCCGCCACGAAAGAUCGCUCCGGCAGCGAAGCAGAAUGAGAUAGAACCUUCUCCAGUUAGGACUAAAUUUCCCACGGCGCGCAUCAAGCGUAUAAUGCAAGCCGACGAAGAAGUUGGCAAGGUUGCCCAGCAAACCCCCAUCGCGGUCGGAAAAGCAUUAGAGCUAUUCAUGGUACAGCUCGUUCGCAAGAGCGCCGAGGUGGCUAGGGAGAGGAAUUCCAAGAGGAUUACGGCGCCGAUGCUCAAGCAGGCAAUAGGCUCAGCUAACGAAUGGGACUUCCUACAAGACAUCGUCGCCAAGGUGGGCGAAGAAAAAGAAGGCGGCAAGAGCUCGGGUAGAGCCAAAGCCGAGAGCGAUAGUGACGAAGAAGGGGAUGCGGGAGAGGUUAAGAAGAAGGGAAGAGGCGGGCGUAAGAGGAAAGCACCGGCGUAG